UGGUGGCUCUUUCUUUUCAUUGGACUGGCAGUUACGGCAGAUGAUUUCUUCUGCCCCCAACUUGUUGUUAUCUCGGAUACCCUAAGAAUAAGUCCAAAUGUGUAAGGUGUCACAUUUCUUGCAUUUGGCAAUGGCGCCCCAGAUGUCUUUUCGUCCAUCGCCUCAAUUGACAGCAUGAAAGAUGGCGACAUGGGGAUGUCAGUAGGAGGUCUCUUAGGAGCCGGGGUAUUCGUGUCUACUGUGGUAGCUGGAGCUAUUGCCUUCGUGAGACCGUUUACCUGUAUGAAACGGCCACACAUUAGAGACAUUUUGUUUUAUAUCACCUCUGUUGGAUGGACAUUCGCAAUCCUUCACAGGAAGCGUGUUUAUCUGGGAGAAGCUAUUGGGUUUAUGGGGUUUUACGCUGUAUACGUCAUAGUAGUGGUGGUGUCAAGGAAGGUAUUUGAGAAGCGUGAACUUCCGAGAAAACUCUCACGAGCGAGUGAAUUGGAGAAAAGUGGUGACACACAAUCAAUUCAGCGUUCUAUGUCUGUGUCCUCUGACGUUCCAUUCUCAGAAGUGAGCGAUAAAAAGACUUAUGAUAUUUCUUUCAUCGACGUGACGGAACUGAUCGGAGGGAAGGAAUCGAUCCCAAGCUCAAACGGCCAUGUUAAUUCCGCUUUCGAAGGAGAUAUGGAUCCAGUUAUAAAAAAGGAACUCGAAGCGGCAAAGGAUGCCGAGCCUGGGGCUACGAAAGGAAGCCUGUUGUCGCAGUUUCUCUGGAAAAUCUGCCCAAUUGAUGUUGAUGGUUUUGGGGAAAUGAACAUCAUAGUGAAAAUCUAUGAAAUAAUAAAGGCUCCAAUCAUAUUCGCACUGACGAUAACUGUCCCAGUCGUGAACUACGAGGAAGAUAUGAACAACUGGAAUAAGAUUCUAACCAUGAUUCACUGCGUAACCGGGCCAGUCUGGUUUGUCAUGGCGGGAGAAGUUGGGACUACAAUGAUUGGUGGACGGUUUCCGGUCUGGGCCCUGAUUCUUAUCAUAGGUGUCGUUGCUGCAUGUAUAGUAUUCUUCACAUCAAAAUACGAUCAACCACCGAUAUACCACUGGUUAUUCGCGUACAUUGGAUUCCUCAUUGCAAUCAUUUGGAUUUAUACUAUAUGUAAUGAAAUCGUCAAUAUUUUAGAGAGUUAUGGGGUGGUGUUCAACAUUUCAAAGGCGAUCCUUGGACUAACACUACUCGCUUGGGGAAACAGUGUCGGAGAUUUGAUCGCCAAUACUGUGAUGGCACGUAAAGGAGAGCCUAGAAUGGGCUUUGCGGCGUGUUUUGGGGGACCUACAUUCAAUCUAUUGUUGGGAGUUGGAAUUCCUUUUACGAUUAGAUUCAUUCGAAGGAGGGCAACGGAUGAAAUCGUGAAGUUUACCCUCCAACAGACAAUACUAUGCGCUGGAGUAUGGGCAUCUAUGCUGUUUUCUAUCGUCGUAGUUCCGGUCUUGAAGUUCAAAGUUAGCAAAAUAUACGGAAUAUGUCUGUUUAUUUUAUACAUAUCCUUCUUGACAAUUGCACUUCUUGCAGAGACUAAAGUAAUACGUCCAGCCCAAGGGAUAUUCGAUGAAUAACACCCUGUAUCUUCACCUAACACACCUAAUUGUGAACAGUAUAUGUAGUUUACAAUCUCUAAAUACUGGGUAUCCUAGUACAAAAUCGAACCUAAUGAAACCACCGAGAGAUGACAUGAUAAAAUAAAUUUAUUUCUAAAUUAGCAGUAAAAAAUUCACUUUGUGGAUAACUUAUUAAGAAAUUUGACAUGUUAUACCACAUGCUCAAAAUGAUCUCCGACCUGAUAAAAGCACAGAGCUGAAUGCGCUGCUGGAAAUUGAAA